AGUUUGCUUUCAAUAUAAAACAUUAAGAAAGCCCUCAAUGCUCCACUGCAUUUGCCUCUGCAGAGUUGACAUUAUGGUUGAAUUUAUGGGUUUGUUUUUUGUUUGGGGCGGUGCUCACUGAUUUGUUUCUUGUGAUCCCUUCAGAUGCACAAACGGAUCCAAAUCCCUUCUGUCCCACAGCAUCAUGCUUCUCUGGCUGACUGGUUGGUUUGGUUACUAUUCUUUCUGGGAGGGAAAGAAAAGGAGAAGGAGGGGGGACACUGGAAGGAGGUGAGAGAAGAAGGGGGGACUAGGUUUUUAGAAGUCUCCAUAAUGUUUUCCUUUCAGGAAACACAUCCUGUUAACGUUUGACUGCGGUGGCAGUAGCUCUGUUUGUUGCAGUCGGCUACGCCCUGAGGCUCACCAAAAACAGCCACAAAAACAACCAUUUCCUCUCUGUUAAGAGACAGAGGGGGAGGAAAAAAACCCACUUCCUCACAACAGAGUUUCUGCUCUCCAGCCCUCUUUCACUCGCUGCUCUGACAGUGUAAGAGAAACCGGAGAGGAGCAGAUUCCUCAGGAUACUCCAAACUUCCAGAGCACCUUUGGGAUGAAGACAUUCACUUCAAAUUUGGCUUGGAUUUUAGAAUGAAGUUUCCCUCUGUUUGUGGGAUGUUCUGAGUUUUGUGGCUGAAAAGGCUUUCAGAGGUGCUACUUCAUGACUCUUAUGUGAGUCUCUUUCUCCUCUUGCAGCUGCAUUCUGAAGAGUUGAGGCAUUGUGUCUGCAAGCAUUUCAGUCUGUUUUCCCAGGAACAACCCAGGUUUUCCCACUUCAAGACUGGAUACUCUCUGGCUUUGCCUUGUCCCACAAGGAAUGGACCUCCCUGUUCUUCAGUUCAUCACCAGACUGGCUUUGCUCAUCCAGGUACAGGAAGGUGGAUAAGGCACAGCUUGGAAGGACAGAGACCUGCAAGCUCUUCUUUGCACUUGUAUUUUAUGGAAUUCUUCUACCUACCUGACUGUGUUCUUAUCUGCUUGGUCAGAAACACCUUAGGAGUCGACUUUGAGAAUGAACGGUGAUGUUCUCUAGCCCCCCAUAACAUCCUACUGCAGCUGCCUCCUAUUUCAAGUCCUACUUCAAUGUGCUGCAGCUCAUCAGGACCUUGGAUCUUCUGCAAAUAGACACUGGCAGCAGUCAACAGUCAGAUAUGACUGUCCAGAAACUGGUAGCCACAGCUGUGUUGGUAGCCCUGGUCUCACUUAUUCUUAACAAUGCAGCUGCCUUUACUCCCAAUUGGGUAUACCAGACCCUGGAGGAUGGGCGUAAGCGCAGUGUGGGGCUGUGGAAGAUGUGCUGGCUGGCAGAGAAGGGGAGAGGAGGUGCAGGCACGGGCACCAGACAUGGGCAAGGGGAGGAGCGAGAGUGUGAAUCCCUGGGCUGGGGUUCAGAGUCAGCUGGGUUCCAGGAAUCUCGUAGCACUGUCAAACUGCAGUUUGACAUGAUGAGGGCCUGUAACCUAAUCGCUACCGUCGCCUUGACUGCUGGUCAGCUCAUUUUCAUCUUGGGCCUAGUAGAACUGCCUAUUAUUUCACAGGAUAUCCAGUGGUGGGAGGAAGCCAUAGCUGCCGUGUUCCAACUUGCCAGUUUUGUUCUGGUCAUUGGAUUGGUGACUUUCUACCGUAUAGGGCCCUAUACCAACCUGUCCUGGUCUUGCUACCUGAACAUUGGGGCCUGCCUCCUGGCCACGCUGGCAGCCGCCAUCCUCAUAUGGAACAUCCUUCACAGGCGGGAGGACUGCAUGGCACCUCGGGUUAUUGUCAUUAGCCGCACUCUGACUGCUCACUUCCGCAGGGGACUGGAGAAUGACUAUGUUGAGUCACCAUGCUGAGAGCAUGUGCUUGAAAUGGGAGAGUCCUCUGAGGAGACUUGCAUUGGAAUUGUUUUCUAUAAGUAUACACUGUAAUUUAAAAUUAAGUGUUGAAGGACAUCACAAAGCUCAAGCUGAAAAGAGGCCCUCAAUUAUUAUCUGAAUGGGCUCCAUCUAUCUAUCUAUCUAUCUAUAUGUAUAAUACACAUAAUUAUAUAUAUAUAUUAUACACCACCCCUCUUCCUCUACUGUACAAUGGAAAAAUAUUAGGACUUUACACCAUAUGCCAGGAGUUUUCAACUGUGGCAGAGACAGAGUGAGUGUGGUGAGGGUACUGAAAAUGGGAAAAGGGCAACCUACUACUUUAAAGUCUUCCCUUAUUUUGAAUGAAGUUAUCCUGCUCCCUAAUGACAAUGCAACAAGAUCAAGGGCUCAGCUGUGUUCACAAUCCUCCUUUGGACCCAACAGACAGACAGUCUGACAGAGCAGGAAAUUUUUCAUGGGUGUCAAAAUUUACAACAGCAUAGUUUAGGCUUAGGUAAUGUUUCCUUUAAGGUGAGUAUCACAUACCCAAUUUUUAGGAACAUCUAACUUCGCUGUAACAUUUCUUCCACACUGAAGCAUAGAACACAAUCUAUUACCCCAGAAGCAAGUAAUAUAAUUCUAAAUUAUAUUUGUAAAUAUAUGGGAAUGCAAAAAAUUAGGGUGAGUUUUCAGACACUGUUUUGUCCUUAAAAAUAGAGGCUUUGGGAGUGUUUAAGUUAAUUUUGCAGGCAGCUAGAGGUGCCAUUAACACGAAAGAGAGGUACACAGCUAGAACUUCCUACACACUGUGUUGAAAGUGCAUUCCAUUGUUUACACUGUGGGUUAAUAUCUAUGAGAAGAGCUUUUACCGUGACCUCCCCAUACCCCCAAAUAUACUAUUAACUUAUUUUGUUAGAAAUGGCUACUAUGAAUGAAUUAUCCUAAAUUAUCUUUUCCCAGAAAGUGUGCAAAGUUGGCAUGCAAUUUUCAAACUUGGGUGCCUAAGUCAGCAUGUUCAUUCUGCACAUAGGCACCUAAAGCAGAUACUUGGGAGCAUAAUCACCACACAAAUGCAAAUCAGAGCACCCAAAUUUGAGAACUAGGCAUUUAAGAAUUGAUUCUUGCAGGUCAGACCCCACAGUGCCAAAUAAAUUGGUGAGAGUUGAAGAUAUUCAGCACCUUGCAUGAUCAGACCUCUACUGCAUAAGUGUGACGCUAUACACAGGGGUGGGCAAACUUUUUGGCCUGAGGGCUACAUUGAGUUUCCAAAAUUGUAUGGCGGGCCAGUUAGGGGAGGUUGUGUCUCCCCAAACAGCCAGGCAUGGCUUGGCCCAGCACCCGCCUCCUAUCCAACCCCCCUGCUUCUCGCUCCCUGAUGGCUCCCCCGGGACUCCUGCCCCUCCAACCCUCCCUGUUCUCUGUCCUCUGCCCACCCCCAGACCCCCACCCCUGACUGCCCCCUGCCGCCAAAUCCAACCCCCCCUCAUUCCUGACUGCCCCCCCGGAACCCCUGCCCCAUCCAACCCCCCCGUCUCCUGCCCUCUGACCACCCCGACCCCUGACCAUCCCCCCCCCAACUCCCCUGCCCUCUAUCCAACCCCCACUGCUCCCUGCCCUCUUACCACACUGCCUGGUGCACCAGUGACUGGCAGUGCUACAGCCACAUCACCCAGAGCACCAGGUCAGGCCGCGACGCUGCAACUGCGCUGCCUGGCUGCCCAGAGCAUUGCGCCGGCGGCACGGUGCGCUGAGGCUGCGGGGGAGGGGAAACAGCAGGGGAGGGGCUGGGGACUAGCCUCCCGGGCCAGGAGCUCAGAGGCCGGGCAGAGGGUCCCGUGGGCCGGAUGUGGCCCAUGGGCCGUAGUUUGCCCACCUCUGCGCUAUACAGCAUGAUGGCUCACGUCAACAAUGUGCAUGUAGUAUCAGGCAACAAACCAACAAGCCAAAAACUACACUGCAGAAGUCCCUAAAUACAAGAGUUAGAAAAGGACAAGCAGCAAUGAGAAAUGUUUUUUAAAACUUUCAGUAGAUGUUACCUUGAUCAUACUCACUGAUAAGACUGAAUGACUAUGAGCUGCGAACAUUAUAAAAUCUCUCUCUGAGGCUGUGCUGCUGCUCCCAGCUGAAUUCUGUGCUUUUCAUCUUUGUCACUGUCUCCUUUAUAUUUCGCUUCACUUUGUUAAAAAGUGAUCAAGUGGCUCUUAAAUUCUGUUCUGCACCCAAAAUUUCACGUAAUAAGGAAUGCAGCCCCAGUUGCCACUCUGCACGAUGCCCAAAGUCAGUAGCGCUCUACAGAGCUUGAUGCUCUAGAACCAAGGACUUCUAGAAUUUAGCCCCCCACAAUGCCUUGCUCUAGACAAUCAGAGCAGAGUUCUAUAAAGCUGAUAAGAAGUUUUUUCUUACACCAGUUUAUAAAAACCAGCUGAAGUUUGUUUCCAUUUCCCUGACUUAUUUUACAAAAAAGCAAGGUAUUUUCUAAAAAUAAUUGUGCUAUAUUUACAGUUUUUAAAAAUAAAGUAUUGGAAUAUUUAAGACAUAUUAUUUCAGCUAAUAUUGCAAUAUCUAUAUUAUAAUAUGUACAUUAAAAUUUAAAAGUCACCUAUGUGGUCAGUAACAUUGUAAUACUUGGUAUUACUGUGUUUAUUUUAAAUGUAUAAAUAAAGUGGAAAGUGUUCA